CUUGUGGUUUUUAACAAAAGACAAAAUUCCCCAGGUCCUUCUCUGUCCUACAGGAGAAACUGGUGUGGGAGAGGGAACCCAGGCGUGACCAGGGAGAAACUGGUGUGGGAGAGGUAACCCAGGUGUGACCAGGGCUGCCCAAGCGGCUCCCUGUGAGGCAUCAACGCUGGAGACUCAGCAGUCAUGGGGAACCCGGGAAACCCAGCCACCAUCAGAGAGCCAGAGAGCCGCAGGCGCCUGUGCGGGGUCCUGGCCUGGCCCCGAGGGGUCAGCACACCCCUGUCUGCCUCUGAGGUCAGGGCCCUGGGGGCUCCUGACCUGGCCUGCCUGUGGGAGGCAAAGGUGUGGCCAGGAGAGGACAGGAGGGGGCAGUCACGGUCACCACUCCUGGAGGCCCAUGAAGAGCAGCUUUGCCCCCACACUUCUGUGAAGCCAACUUGGGCCUGUUUGGGAGGGGCCUGGCGCUGCAGCCGGCCGUGGGCACCUGCCAUGUGGCCGUCCACUGGAGGCCAAGUCCAGCUCAUAUGGCUCUGGGGACCCACCGCACCAGACUCCAGUGUGGGGGUACCCGGAGCUGGGGGUGGGUCCUCGGAGGCUUCCAGUCCUGCCCCAGCUGCCAUCCCUGCCAGGUGUUAGUGCCUCUGGUUCAGAGUCCCGAGAGGACCAGUGGCCCAGGAGAAAGGGGUGUGUCUCCAGCUGCUGGGAGUGUGGAUGGGAGCCAGAGGGUUCAAUGACAGUGGGGACAGCAAGUCCGGACUGGAGGGAGGAGACCUCCUGAACAGGGUCCCCAGCAGAGGCAGAAAGGAGACUCUGUGACUGGGGGUGUCAGCUGCAUCUGGACCUUCGUGGUGGGGAGGGAGGCACGCCCAAUAGCUCGCCUGAACGGGAGGUGGCUCAGGGAUCCCCCAUUGUGCUGGUGGGGUGCCCAGAGACUCCAGGACUCCACGUGGGGCUCUGCCUGCUAAACCCUGAGACUUUAGGGGCAAUGGCUCCCACGGCAGGGUCAUCCUUUUUCUGCACAGUCCCACUGGCUGCCCCAGGUCCUGCAGAGACCUGAGACUUUGGGGACAAGCACAGGGGACAGGUGGGCGUGGAUGGCCUGUGCUGGUCAAGGGCAGUGGGAAGGAAGGAGGAGCAGUUUCCUUCUGUACCCAGGAAAUAGAGUAACAAAGUAUCUCAUUCCAGUUGGUUCUGGUGGGACAGGGUAGGUGGAAGGGAACCUGUGCUUGCCCUGAGACAUGGGGGUGCUGUCUUCCCAUGCAGGGGGACUGCGGCUCACCACCAUCACAUUCUACCCACAGGUUCUUAUUUUAACAGAUCACAAAGGUACUAUGUGCUUCUUACAAAAAUUUACAGGAAUUGCAGACUUUUCAAAAAGUAAAAAGAAAUUAAAGUUCACCUGUUACCUCAGAGUUAUCCAGCUACACAUUUUCUGUGCAUAAUUCACUUUACAAAAAUUGGAUCAAGAUACAACUAAUGAUUUUUAAAAGUACAGCAAUAUAGUUGCACAUUGUUCCAUAUCAAAAAAUAAAUGUGUGCACCCAGGGCUCCUGGCUGUCUCAGUGGCAUAGUGGCUCAUGCCUGUAAUCCCAACACUUUUGGCAAGCCGAGGUGGGUGGAUCACCUGAGGUCAGGAGUUCGAGACCAGCCUGGCCAAGAUGGCAAAACCACUAUCUACUUAAAAAAAAAAAAAAAUUAGCCAGGUGUGGUGGCGCGCGACUGUAAUCCCAGCUACUUGGGAGGCUGAGGCACGAGAAUCACUUGAGCCCUAGAGGCAGAGGCUGCAGUGAACUGAGAUCGCACCACUGCUCUCAGGCCUGGGUGACAGAGCAAGACUCUGUCCCAAAAAAGCCCAUUUACUCACGCAUUUUUGAGCCUCUGCUAUUCGACAGGAACCAGAGCCUCGGCCGCGUUGCUGAAAACCGACCUUGCGGGAUGAAGAGGGCGCGGUUCCCCCGGCUGGGAUGAGGACGGCGGAUGCUGAGGAGCGGACUCCGGGGACCACCGACUCCAUGGCCGGCCCCAGCGAGGGCGAGAACGGGUGGAAGCCGGCCAGGGUCUGUGGAGACGUCAGGGCCGAGGACGAUGAUCCCGCCGGGGGAGUGCACGUACGCGGGCCGGAAGCGGAGGAGGCCCCUGCAGAAACAGAGGCCCGCCGUGGGGGCAGAGAAGUCCAACCCCUCCAAGCGACACCGGGACCGCCUCAACGCCGAGUUGGACCACCUGGCCAGCCUGCUGCCGUUCCCGCCUGACAUCAUCUCCAAGCUGGACAAGCUUUCUGUCCUGCGCCUCAGUGUCAGUUACCUCCGGGUGAAGAGCUUCUUCCAAGUCGUGCAGGAGCAGAGCUCACGGCAGCCUGCGGCCGGCGCCCCCUCGCCCGGAGACAGCUGUCCUCUUGCAGGGUCUGCCGUGCUGGAGGGAAGGCUGCUGUUGGAGUCUCUUAAUGGCUUUGCUCUGGUCGUGAGUGCAGAAGGGACGAUAUUUUAUGCGUCAGCAACGAUCGUGGACUAUCUGGGCUUCCAUCAGACGGAUGUAAUGCACCAGAACAUUUACGACUACAUCCACGUGGACGACCGCCAGGACUUCUGCCGGCAGCUCCACUGGGCCAUGGACCCUCCCCAGGUGGUGUUUGGGCAGCCCCCGCCCUUGGAGACAGGAGAUGAUGCUAUCCUGGGGAGGCUGCUCAGGGCCCAGGAGUGGGGCACAGGCACGCCCACCGAGUACUCGGCCUUCCUGACCCGCUGCUUCAUCUGCCGUGUGCGCUGCCUGCUGGACAGCACCUCGGGCUUCCUGACGAUGCAGUUUCAAGGAAAACUAAAAUUCCUGUUUGGACAGAAGAGGAAGGCGCCGUCAGGAGCCAUGCUCCCGCCGCGGCUGUCGCUGUUCUGCAUUGCGGCACCCGUUCUCCUCCCCUCCGCAGCGGAGAUGAAAAUGAGGAGCGCGCUCCUGAGGGCAAAACCCAGGGCAGACACCGCAGCCACCACGGAUGCAAAAGUAAAAGCCACCACCAGUCUGUGCGAAUCGGAACUGCAUGGAAAACCCAAUUACUCAGCAGGAAGGAGCAGCAGAGAGAGCGGCGUUUUGGUGCUCAGGGAACAGACUGACGCAGACCGAUGGGCACAGGUUCCCGCCAGGGCCCCAUGCCUGUGCCUCCGGGGCGGCCCUGACCUUGUCCUUGACCCCAAGGGGGGCUCAGGGGACAGGGAGGAGGAGCAGCACAGGAUGCUGAGCAGGGCCUCUGGAAUGACAGGGCGGAGGGAGACUCCAGGACCCACAAAGCCCCUGCCCUGGACAGCGGGAAAGCACAGUGAGGAUGGUGCCAGGCCGAGGCUGCAGCCCAGCAAGAAUGACCCGCGCUCCCUGCGCCCCACGCCCCGCGGCUCCUGCCUGCCCUACCCGUGUGUCCAGGGCACUUUCAGGAACUCACCCAUCUCUCACCCGCCGAGCCCGUCCCCCAGUGCCUACUCCAGCCGGACCAGCAGACCCGUGCGGGAAGUCGGUGAGGACCAGGUACACCCUCCCCUCUGCCACUUUCCCCAGGGGAGCCUGCAGCACCAGCUCCCUCAGCCUGGAGCUCAGCGUUUUGCCACGAGGGGCUAUCCCAUGGAGGACGUGAAGCUGCAAGGUGUACCGAUGCCUCCGGGGGACCUGUGUGGUCCGACGCUGCUGCUAGAUGUGUCCAUCAAGAUGGAGAAGGACUCUGGGUGUGAGGAUGCUGCAGACGGCUGUGUGCCCAGCCAGGUGUGGCUGGGGGCCAGUGACAGGAGCCACCCAGCCACCUUCCCUACCAGGAUGCACCUGAAAACAGAGCCAGACUCUCGGCAACAGGUGUACAUCUCGCACCUGGGGCACGGCGUGCGGGGGGCUCAGCCCCAUGGGAGGGCCACUGCUGGGCGCAGCAGGGAGCUGACCCCUUUCCACCCUGCACACUGUGCCUGCCUGGAGACCACACACGGCCUUCCCCAGUCGGAGCCUCCCCACCAGCUCUGUGCACGGGGCCGAGGUGAACAGUCCUGCACCUGCAGAGAUGCUGAGGCCGCCCCUGUGGUCAAGCGGGAGCCCUUGGACUCGCCCCAGUGGGCUACUCACAGCCAGGGAGUGGUGCCCGGGAUGUUUCCCAAAAGUGCCUUGGCCACGCUGGUCCCGCCCCAAGCUUCGGGGUGCACAUUCCUGCCAUAGCGCAGUGACCACUGUCCAAGCUCAGAUCUGUCUGUCUACGCUCAGAUGCGUCGGUGGCUGGGCUGCCCUGCGCCUGGUCAGGCCGGAGCCCGUCCUAAGACACACGCUUUGCAGAGCUGUGCAUGCGCAGUCUGCUAGUCUGUGUGUGCAGCAUAGGCAGGAGCCUAUCCUGAAUUUUGUAAAAUAUCCCAACAGUUCUUAAAUGAAAACUGGCCUUAAGUCUAUUCAAACAUGACAGCAUUUCUCUUUGAGGAAUUAAAAUCUUUAGGAAAGUGAUCAUGGCUGGACAGCUUCAUGCCCCAGAGGCAGCGAGCACCCGUCCCAUGGCUGCCAAGUCCACAGUCGGGGAUGAAGCAGUCGGGUGAUGCUCCCAAGUCUGCAGUCGGGGAUGAAGCGGUCGGGUGACACACCUAGCUCAGCCCUCCCAGGCCACCUGCAGCUCCCGGCCUGUGCUGUGCAGGCAGGGUCAGCCCAUCGCCACAGUGCACUGUAGAGGCCAGCACACGGCAAAUUGGAAAUACAACGCGCGGAGAAAGGGGUCUGUGAACCCACAGACCCAAUGUUCUAGAGGAAUCUAGAACAUUCCAGGCAGCAGAGGCUGGCAGCGUGUGUCCCACACUGCCCCACACCGUGUGGCAGGUGCUCCGUGGCGCCAUGACAGAGUCUGAGGCCAGACCUGGACUGGAAUCGACAGCAUAACCCCUGUUCCUUCUGGACAUCUCCCGAGUUCUCAGUGGGUCUCUGCGGACGGUUCUUCCUAAUUUGCAUCUUGGUACAUCACGUAAUACAGAGUUCACAGACUCUGGGUUUGGAAGUACAGAGAAACACACAACGUAGAGAGAAGACACAGGAAACUGCGCUGCCUGUGGGGGUUUCUCUCUGGCUGUCUGUACGGUUCACUCAAAUGAGGGUUCCCAUUGCCAUCCUAGGAGAAUAAUUAGGGACAAGACGGACAAGUAUUAAUAGCAUUAAAACAGUUGUAAAGGUGAUAUAUUCUGAGAGUAGGAAAUUUGGAUACAAAAGCAUAAGUCAGAAAGUGAAGGUCACCAAUCCACCAACCCGAGAACCUACAGCUGAUGGUGCAUUUCAGGCUUCUUCCAUGGUCUGGCCUGGAACCCCACCCGGCUGGUGCAGGCAUCAGAUCAGGGUGUAGAAGUCACCCCAAGCAAGAGGAAGCCAGGCAGUGAGGCCCUGGGGUGUGGCUGCAGCUGGGCCCACCUGUGCGGGGGUGGGAAGGCCCCAUCCUCAGGGACAGGGCAUCGGCGCCCUGACGUCAGCUCCACUGGGAGUGGCAGGAGCCGUGGGAGCCCAUGGGUGAGGGACCCACCACCCCGCUGCACUGUGCAUUCUGCCUCCCGUGUGGACGCCCUCUCUGUUGUUGGCCCGCGGGUGAGGGACCCACCACCCCAGGGACCCACCACCCCGCCGCACUGUGCAUUCUGCCUCCUGUGUGGACGCCCUCUCUGUUGUCAGUGGCUUUGAGGUGUCAGUGCUUACUUAGACGCUGGUUUAAUGCUGGACCCAUUUGUUAAACGCACCUUCACUUUGUCAAAACCCAGGUUUGGUUGGCAGGACUGGGUCUUCUGCCCAAUGCCAGGUGUCUGCGCCUCUCAGUGGCCUGGUUCUUGGACAGUUUGCCCCCAUGUGGCAGGGAUGGGGAUAAGGAUCUCCUCUCAGAACUGGAAGAGAACAGCCAACCAUCUGAGCCCAGUGUCACAGAUCCAUCGUGGCCUCCUAUGACCCCCAAGCCCUGCCGAGGGGGCACUCACUCGCUGCUUAGCCAGGGGGCGCCUUUCAAAAGGUGACCUCCAUGCUGUGCUGUCGUGGGUGUGAGACGUGCUCAUGGCCUUCCACUGCCAUCUCUCCCUUAUCUGAUGCCUAAAGUCAUGAUGGGGACAGAGCUACCCAGGGGCCAGCCAUGGGGUGACCAGCCACCUGAGGGUCAGUCACCUGUGGAGAGCAGGCACCUGUGAAGACCAGGCACCUGAGGACUGGCCCCUACUUCCCACUUUGGCCCUACAUUGGCACAGAGCCCCUCUUUAUUCAUUUCUCAUGCUGAGCAUGACACACUUCUGGUCUCUGGGCAUUUAUGGAUUUAAGACCAGGAUGGUAUUUCAGAAGCUUCCCACUUCCUAUUCUAACCGAGUGCCCAGCUACUUUGCUGAUCAUGGAAAGACCCUUAAUAAUUAGGCCUGCAGGCCAGGCGCAGUGGCUCAUGCCUAUAAUCCCAGCACUUUAGGAGGUCAAGGUAGGAGGAUCGCUUAAGCCCAGGAGUUCAAGACCAGCCUGGGCAACACAGGAAGAAUGUGUCUCUACAAAAAAUAAUUAAAAAUCAGAUCUGCUGUAUCCCUGAAAAAGUCUCAAUCAACAUGCAUGUUCCACUCUUGGAGUUCCCUGUUCUGAGGGCCAGCCACAUCCUGUGUCCUGGAGCUCAGCCCUCAGCAGCUCCCUUCAGCCUGGGCGCCGCCUGGGUCCCAAACGUGGCAGCUGCUCUUCCAGUCUCGGGGCCAAGGAGGGCAGGGAGCUCAGUGACUGAGAGUCUUGUGUAUCACAGGUCUCGAGUGUCCUGGAGCCAACAGCUGUCACUGGGAAAAACACCAGACCCCAAAGAUCGAAUCAGAGACGUGGCUGCGUGUUUGCAAUUGUAGCCAGGCCCUUCAGUGCCAUCAAAGGAGCACUGGGGCCUCCUUAAGCACAGACGGCAGCCCCUGCCCAGGAGGCUUCUUCACCACGUCCUGCCCUGCAGCCUCCCAGACCUUUAGAUGAGCCCCCGCCCAAGGCCCUCCUGGUGACAGGUGUCAGAUUGAGUGGUGGGUUGCUGCCAGGCAGGCCAUGCUGUGUUGACGCUGCACUCAGCACGUGGGUGUUGGCUCUGCCGGUUUUGUGGUGUGGGGACCCCACAGGAGGCUGCAGCCCUGAGAGCCUGGGAUCAGUGAGGUGUCCGACAUCCCUUCCUCAACGGCAACAAAAACUCCUCAAGUCAGCACUUUGGUUAUUUUAUAGCCACAACCCUCUUGGAAAACAGUGGGGAAGACUAUGGAACAUAGAAAGUGUGGAUGUAUCACUUCUCUCUAAAAUGUCAUUGUUAGCACUAAUUACAGGUUCAUGUUUUUCUGUUUAUGUAGCUUUUCCCUAUAUAGCUGAAAAAGUAUUAAAGUCAAAUAUAAGGUGGGAAUGGGAUGGAAGGGAGGAGAUCAAUACAACUUAUAUUUUUGCAGUUUCUACUGGAAGAAAAAAGUUUUCAAUACCUAGACCAACUUGUUGAAUUUUUAAAACUUAUGCACUAUAAAUGCAACUUUCUCUACUGCUUUCUCAGUGCCUUCAGGAAGCUUUCAAAUUUUUUUGUACUGUGGUUUGUAUUAAAUUUGCAAUAUUGAUGUAAAAUACAUGACAUGCUAGUACAUGUUCAAAA